AUGGCUUAUUCACCAACCCUUGACACCCCAUUCGACCAGCUUCCAGACCCGAAGCGCGUCUGGGUUGGAAAGCCCGGAAGCCGCGAUGAAGGUCUGGGAAAGCUGCAAUUGCUGACUCCAGAGUGCGUCGCCAAGGCUGCCGCGUCUGAGAUUCGGACUGGAAGGAGGGUAACCCUCGGCUGGGACCUCAACAAGCUUGAGUAUGCAGCCUUCAAUCGCCAGCCCUGCCAGCUGGACAUUGUGCCGCUGCUUGGUGGGGUUGCUUUUGAUGAUGUCUACAAGUUCAACCCUCAGCAGAGCAGCCAAUGGGAUGGUCUCCGACACUUCUCCCAACCCGUGAGCGAAGGGAGCACGGAGCGUGUGUUCUAUGGCGGCACCACGAAGGAGGAGAUUUUAGAUCCCAAGAAUGAUCGCAUUGGGAUGCAGCACUGGGGCAGGGCGGGAAUUGCUGGCCGCGGAGUCCUCAUCGACUACGUCUCUUGGGCUGAGAAAAGGGGUAUCAAGUACACCACUUUCUCCCAGCAUGAGAUCAAGCUGAGUGAGAUUCUUGAGAUCGCCAAGGAGUGCAACAUCACCUUCCAGAAAGGUGAUAUUCUGUUGGUGCGCAUUGGCGUGACGAAAGAGUGGGAACAUGUCAUGGACGAGUCGGCCAAGAAGGCAUAUGCGGCAAGCAACAGCCCGCAGCACGCCGGGGUUGAAGGCACGACGGACGUCCUUCGCUGGCUCUGGGACUCGGGCUUCUCAGCCAUCGCGGGUGAUGCAAUCAGCUGGGAGGUAUAUCCGCCCAAGCCAGGAGGCAUAAUGAUGCACGAGUACAUCCUCGCAGGAUGGGGGGUUCCCAUCGGCGAGAUGUUCGAUCUGGAGGAACUUGCAGCCAUGUGCAAGCAGCUCAACCGGUGGACCUUCUUCGUCUCGUCGGUCCCGCUCAAUAUGCCCGGUGGAGUAUCGUCGCCGCCGAACGCAAUGGCAAUCUUCUAG